GAGUGGGUGGGGGAUGUAAAAAUGAUUCCAAAAGAUGAGCAAAGAGGGCGACAUUGAGCAAGCUGUCAGACGCACUGAACCAUGAGCUUGUAUUUACAUCCCGAACCCAGAGGAAAGGCGUGGCACUGCACCCUUACUGCUCGGGGUCACAUCUAGGCGGGGCUUGGCGGUAGGGAGGUGACAAGGGAGGCGCUGCGGGGACGUCCGUGCGCAUAGGGAUACACUCCUCAUACAAUAUCACAGGGGAAGACAUACGGACAUAUUUUUUCAAAGAGGGUGGGGAGAAGCCAUAAUAAACAUCAUCUAGAAACACGGUGGGGUUUGGGUCGUAUCACUUAGUCACAGAAGCCGCAUUCUCCAAGGAUUUUCCUUACAAUCUACGAUCAAGAUAAGGUUGUGCUAUGAAUGGUGAUUCAAGUGCAGGGGUGGUUACAGCACCACCCCCAACAAAUGCUCCACACAAGGAAAAAUAUUUUGACCGAGUUGAUGAGAACAACCCUGAAUACUUACGUGAAAGAAACAUGGCACCAGACCUACGUCAGGAUUUCAACAUGAUGGAGCAGAAGAAAAGGGUCUCAAUGAUUCUACAAAGCCCAGCAUUUUGUGAUGAGCUUGAAACCAUGAUCCAGGAUCAGCUUAAAAAGGGAAAAAAUCCUACUGGCUUAUUGGCAUUACAACAAAUUGCAGAUUUCAUGACCACAAGUGUACCAAGUGUUUAUCCAUCAGCACCACAAGGUGGAAUGGCAGCAUUAAAUCUAAGUCUUGGAAUGGUAACUCCAGUGAAUGACCUCCGUGGAUCAGAUUCUAUUGCAUAUGAAAAGGGGGAAAAACUUCUGCGAUGCAAAUUAGCAGCAUUUUAUAGAUUAGCGGACCUGUUUGGAUGGUCGCAGCUGAUUUACAAUCACAUUACAGUCAGAGUAAAUUCAGAACAAGAACUUUUCCUGAUUGUUCCUUUUGGACUCCUUUACAGCGAAGUUACAGCAUCCAGUUUGGUUAAGAUUAAUCUUCAAGGGGAAAUGAUUGACCGUGGCAGCACAAACCUAGGAGUAAACAAAGCUGGAUUUACAUUGCACUCAGCAAUUUAUGCUGCACGACCGGACGUUAAAUGUAUUGUUCACAUUCAUACUCCUGCUGGGGCGGCGGUGUCUGCGAUGAAAUGUGGCUUACUGCCUCUUUCUCCAGAAGCAUUGUCUCUUGGAGAAGUGGCAUAUCAUGACUAUCACGGAAUAUUGGUCAGUGAAGAAGAAAAAGUAUUAAUUCAGAAAAACUUGGGACCUAGAAGCAAAGUACUUAUUCUCCGGAAUCAUGGCUUGGUUACUAUGGGAGAAUCUGUUGAAGAGGCUUUUUAUUACAUACAUAAUCUGAUGUCUGCCUGCGAGAUUCAGGUUCGCACUCUUGCCAGCGCUGGAGGCCCAGACAACUUGGUAUUUUUAGAUCCUGAGAAAUAUAAAAAAUCUCGUUCACCUGAGUCACCAGCUGGAGAUGGAAGUGGAUCACAUCCAAAGUGGCUAGUGGGAGAGCAGGAGUUUGAAGCUCUUAUGCGUAUGUUGGAUAAUUUGGGUAAAACUUGGUUUGGGCCAGGACUGAAUGCUAUUAUUGCCACAGUCACUGGGGACAUCAAAAGUCCCCAUCCGACCAAUAGUCCAAAUCUUCUAAUCCUUCCUGGAAGCCAUCAUCAUCUUAGUCGAAGAACAAAUGGACCAAAAAGCUCAACUCCAAUCAGAAAUCUGCUUGAAGGGAUGGCUGCAUUUCUAGAAGAUUAUCCGAAGAAAGGCAGCUACCGUCCUAUCCUAAAGACUUUGAACAAAUUUGUUUGUGUUCCUCCUUUUGAAGAUGGAAAUGAUCCGUACCAUUUUGCCUCUAGUUCAGGAAGAUUCAAUGUUCUCUAUAUUUGUAAGCAUUAUCUAAUCAUGCGACUGUUCUUCAUCUUGCAGUGGACUAAGGAGGAUGGACUCAGAGCAGCCACCUCUGCUGUCCCAAAUCUGUUUGUUCCAAUGAAUACAGACCCUAAGGAAGUACAAGAGAUGAGAAACAAGAUACGAGAGCAGAACUUACAAGACAUUAAAACAGCUGGCCCUCAAUCACAAGUUCUAUGUGGAGGUGUUGUGGAACGAAGUGUUGUACAGAAACUAUCUGUGUAUAAGGAUGCACCUCUUUCAGACUGUUCGGAAACUAUUGAAGGGCUCGAUCUCUCUGAGCAGACCUUUAGCCCAUCUAAACUUAGAAAGGGAGAGUUAGUAACUGCAUCAAAGGCUAUUAUUGAAAAGGAGUAUCAACCACAGGUGAUAGUCAGCAAAGCUGGCCCCAACCCCUUCAACAAAUUCACAGACAGAGAACUGGACGAGUACCGCAAGGAAGUGGAACGCAAGCAGAAAAAUAUUGAAGAUGAAUUGUCACGUUUUGGAGAAACUGUUGUGCCGAGACAAACCUUGAAUGGAGAAACAGACAAACUAAAGAUUCAAAAUAAAAUGUUUCAAGAUGCUCCUGUGAACUAUGUAGCUGUACAGGUUCAGCCCCCAGUAUUACCAAGAGAAAUAAAUGAAGAUACAAAGGUUUUACAAGAGCCUGAGCUACUGGUAGAGUCAAUGCAUAAAUUAUCUGUCAUAGAGGAGUCAAAUCCAGAAGAUAAGCUGGGACCAAUGCAGCUUAAUUUUGAAGAACCUGAGAAUCCAGAUUCCCCACACAGAGAGUUUCAUUCUGCAGUCAUCCAAGCACUUAACUCCAACUCAGACUGUCUAGCUAAUAUUUCAGACCAAUCAGAAGAGCAUGCAGAACAAAAAGAAAAUAUCCUUGACCUUGCAUUAACCCGCACGCCACCUAGCACACCAGUUAAACAAGAAGAGUCACAACAGGAACAGACUUACAAAGAUGACAGUGAUGCUGCAACCUUGAAGCAAACUAUUCCAGAUCUCACCCCUGAUGAACCUUCUGAAGCACUCAGCUUCCAAGUUUUGGGAAAUAAAGAUGAAGACAAUAUUUCCAAUGAUGGAGACCUUGUAAAAGUUCCUGAUUCUUUUCAUGAAAUACAGGAUCCCCAAACAGAGCAUGUUGACUCUCCCAUCACGCCAGUAGCCGAUGACGUAGUGCAGGCUGAUGCAGCUCAAGCAGAUGCUGGAAGUGAUGAAUCCCCUGGAAAAUCACCCUCAAAAAAGAAAAAGAAAUUCCGUACUCCUUCCUUCCUAAAAAAGAACAAAAAAAAGACUGAAUCCUAAAGACUUGCAGGAGCACUGUCAUGGUCCUAUGAGUCAAUCAGUUAACCACUAGAAUAUAUCUGAUUUUAUAUUGCUUUAUCUUUAGAUUAUAUAAAGGAAUGCAAGAAAAUUAAAAAAAGCUAGUUAAAGCUUGUUAAAAGUAAAACCAGAAAACGUACUUUCAUAUAAGGUGCUAACCUAUGCGUUCAGCAGCUAAACAUAAAGCAGAACAAUUUCAAAUGCAUAUAUUCUAAAAAUAUAAUCCUGUAUAUUUUUUAAUUGUAUGUUCUUCACUACUGUACUAAAACACUCAUUUAGCUUCUAGUUUUUAAAAACCAAACUUGAUUUUGGAACAUGCAGGUUCUCUUAUGUUGAUUUUCAUUAACAAAUGCUUUUGACAUAAAUAUAGGUAAGGGUUUUGCACUGGGGGGGGGGGGGGAAUGUCCACUAUAAGAACUUAUAUAGUUUGCAGCAUUAACUCUUCCUUUGUAAAUUUUUUUACAAACAAGGAAUGCACAGUUUUCAGUUGUAAUUAUCUUAGAGUUGCUUUGAAUUGCAGCCACUUAGUAUAUUGUAACCAUCACAUUUUAAUUAUUUAAAGGGACAUGUUGCUCCAAAUUAAAGGAAACAUGUAUUUCAGUUUUUAAUAGAAACAUUUUUCUAAUAUACUUGUAUUAGAGUUUACUUGAAGAUACCACUAGUUUAGUGACAUAUGCACAUAUGCUGUCCAUGAUGCAUACAACCUCAUUCAAACACUGUCUGCUCAGAAAGCCAUCUAUGGGGUGCACCAUGUGAUCAGCCAGCAUCAGCACUCUACAUUGUUUGAAUGCUUGUACAUGGGGCAUGCUCAGCGUAUGUGUGUAUGAAAGUAAAACUGGUAGCUUUUACUACAAGCAUUUUUGCUAAUAAAAGUAUAUUGUAAUAUUUCUGCUAUUCAAAUUGAAUUUCACUCAUGCCUAUUUUAAAAUUAAGUAUCAAACGCAAUUUUUUUUUAAAUUCCAUUUUUAUAAUUAUACACCAAAUUAAGCAGAGUAAUCUGAAUUGAUUAUAGGCAUAAGCUGCCAUGGUAUUUAAAUUUUUGCAAGUGCAUCCUAAUUGAAUUCAAUGCAGUAUGCCACUCAUUUAAAAUAUAAACACAUUUAUUUUCUACUAUUCAUUCAUUUGUGUAAUAUAUAUAUAUAUAUACAGUGUGUGUAUGUAUGUGUGUGUAUAUAUAUAUAUAUAUAUAUAUAUAUAUAUAUAUAUAUAUAUAUAUAUAUAUUGCCCUUGUUAAAUAAUUAUCAUGUAAGCCUAUUUCUUGUUAAGCUAAUUUUAAUUCAUUUACUACACUGUUAAGUUAUGAUCAGGGCUGUUCUAGAAACCACUGACCCCCUAGACAAAAAAUUAUCUGGUUACCCCUUCACCAUUACCCAAAAUGCUUUUAAUUAGCUGUAGUGAGAAAUCCUUAUAUAUUUGUUACAUAAAUAUUCUCAGCAGUAGCAUUCACUGGGCUUUCACAAGUUACUGAACAUAAAAAACUAAUGAGAUAUACUUGCUCUCAAUUUAAAUAUACCUACUUUAACAAGCUUAAUCCAAGUGAACUAUAAGUUAUCAGAGUAUUUUGUUUUUUUAUAUUUGCAAACUAUGUAUCUGCAAUCUAGCAAUGAUUGCAACAACAAAAAAUUACAAAUUGUUUGUAAAUAUUUAAAAUCAUCAUUUGUUUUGCAAGGGUUUGCAAUUUUAGAACACUCCAGGAAUAUACCCUUUAAAUACCCCUUGAGUAUUUUUGUCUUUCCCUCCCCUCUUUAGCCCACUAGAGGCAGAUAUAAAUGAACUCAAGUACCAAUCUAAGGUCUAACUAUGUAGCAGGUUAGACAUACAGUACAGUACUUAAAUAUGCACUCCAGUCUAGUGUGUGUGUGGGGGGGGGGGGAAUGGAAUAGAAAAAGUAAAUAACGUAUUUUGCGUAAACAUCUUCCGGGGGAUAGUUUUUAAUGUAAUGUACCUUUUAAAGGGGCAUUAUAAUGGAAAAAUAAAAUACUCUAACUUGUUAGAGCAUUUUAACACUUUUGUCCCCUGCAGAGGUGUUAAAUUCAAAGUUAAAAUUCUGCUCAGUGCCACAGUACAUUUCAACUUCUAAGCAGGACAUAGUUGAUGAUUGGUAGUUACCUAUCCCAUUUGACUCAAUGGCUGUGUCCUACUCAGGAGCUGUAGUGUACUGUGGUUCCUAGCAGAAUUAGAUUAGUGUAUGUGUGUGGGAAAAACAAAUAGUUAAUUGGAAGUGCUCAAAAUUAACUGGGUUUAUAGUUGCAUCAUUUCUUCAUUCUAGUUUGCAUUUUUCACUAUAAAUCUGUAAGAAGGGGCAACCUAACUAGCUUUACCGAUUUACAAUGAGCUGAAGAGAUCCUAUGGGUUGUUGUUUUUUUCUUCCAAGUUUAAUUUUUUUUUUUUUUAAAUAAAACUGGUUAAAAUGUUUGGAGACUUUAUCCUGUUUAUCAAGUUAUUGUCCAAAUUGUUUAUGUACUAGGCACCAAUUUCAUAGAGCUUAGAAAAGAUUGGAUUUUUAAAAAAAAAAAUAUUUAAGAACACAACUGUCUAUCUUAACUUCUGCUAUUGCUAAGGUAGUAAAAAUGCAUGCAGAUAUUUCCAGUGGAUAAAUGCAAUAUAUUAUGUUUUUAUUACUGUUUAAAGGAACAUAUGAGAAAAUAAGGAACAUUUUCAUUGAUACAUUAAUCACAAUUUUCUUUUUGUAAAAUAUGUGAGCUCAUUAACUGUGAAGCAUGAAUUGCAUAAUUAAUUCACAUCUUGCAACGCAACAUAUAACCAAUGCCUUACAGUGUGUAAUAGAAAGUGUCUGGCAGUUGUCACCUGAAAACAUUUACAUUAAUCAGUUCUGCUAAUCCAUACAAAACUGCAUCCCUGUAAACUUGCAACUGUGCAAUAUAUUAAUACAUUAGAACGUUUACGGUCCUUAAGAGCAGUGUUACAUCAGUAAUAUUUGAAUUGCAAAUAGUAGGAUCUUGGGGAACCAAACCUGAAACUGGUCAAAAUAUAUACAAAAAGAGCUGCAUGCCACUAGUGAUUGUAAACAUUUAAUUUACUCUCUAUUCUUUGUACAUUGAUGAUUAUUAUUUGAAAUAGUGUGUUCUGUUGCCCGUGUCAUGCAUUUGUAAUAGUUUUUUUUCCCCAAAAGUUUUCCUUAAUUUUUUCCCUUUAUUACAAAUUUAUUUUAGUUUAUCAGAUGUGUCUCUGCAAAAUGUAUAGUAGAGUGAUACACAUUACAUUCUAUAUCAACUUGUGUUUUUCUUCUGUUCUGUUAUUUCACUCCAAAAUAAAAUAUUUGAAACACUGA